AGUUCUCAGAGCGGCCAGCAAGGUUGCUGGUCGUGGCAGCACUACAGACCGGCACGUAUGUUGUCGUUGCUUUAUGUAAAGGAAACGCAUUUGUAAUUCAUUUUUCAGACGGAUUGUUGGGAGUUUUGUGUAAGCUAUCUUUUACCCUCUUACGCAUUAGUAAUUUUUUUGUAGCAAAACUUUUAACGUUACCCGUGCCUCACUCACCUCUUGUUGUUCACACGUAGCGUCUCAGCAUUUUCCUCAUUCAGGAGAUCAGCAUGUCACCGUGGAUUAAACAGGUUUGCCUUGUUCUUGCGGCAGUGUUCAUGUUGUCCAGUACAACAGAGUCAAAGAAGGAUGAAGCAUUGUACUGUUCAGCCUGCAUUGCUAUUGCAGAGGAGAUGAACUAUUCAGUCAGUCAAACUGAUCCAAAAAAGACGAUUCAUGUUGGUGGAUUCAGACUUAAACCUGAUGGAAGUCUUGUGGACAAAAAGGUUCCUCUGGCUAGGUCCGAGACUUACUUAAAUGAACUUCUGGAAGAAGUUUGCAAUAGCAUGAGCGAUUAUGCCCUCUAUGAGGACCCGGACACCAAAGAAAAGAGCUACAAGAGAUUUGCACCAAGAGGAAAUGAUGGCGUGAAUUUUCCCGAUUUCAAAAAUUUUAAGUUUGAUGGACCAGAGAGUUCCAGUGCCUUGAAGUUUGCUUGUGAAAGCAUCGUGGAAGAGUUGGAAGAUGAUAUCAUCUCCCUCUUCUCCAGUGAGGCAGACCAUGUGGCUAAGACGCUGUGCAGUGAAGUAUCAGGUCAUUGUAAGAGCUCCGUUUUCCAGCACACUGAACUUUAGUUCCAGAUUAGCGUCUGCAGAAGAACACUCAAAUACCCGGACCAAAAAUGAAGACAUUAAAUAUUUUCCUAAAGUAUGUUAUUGUUUAGAAUUUUUUCAAAAUGUGAUGAUACACUUUAUGAACGUCAAAUCAUUUUUAUUACAACUGCUUCCACUGUUGAUUAGUGGGCACACUCUUCUUGUAUUACCUUAAUACAUAUAUAUAUAAUAAACUUGAUUUUAUUCCGAUGACUUGUAAUUUAAUUUACAUGUUUAAUUCUUUAGUUCAUUUUUACAUCAAUUUAGUUUCAUGGCAUUAACUAUGGUAUUACCAAUGUUAUUUAUGGAACGUUUGACCGUGAUAAAAGAAAAUAAAAUAUUUCAAAUAUA